AUGGGCUCAUGUUUAUUUUCAAAGUCAGUACAAGGCACUCCUCUGCCCACGCCUAGAUUCUUCGGCAAUAGCUCUACUAGCCUGCUUCCUUCAUCUAUCAAUACGUCAACGCCGACUAAACGAAGAUCUAAAGUUCCCGGUGGUAGUAAACGCAAUACCGACAUCGAGUUUGCUACCGAAAUAGGUCAAGGCCUACUCAUAGAAGUCCGCAAACUGCAAGCUGCGUUGCAGAAUAAGGAAGAAAUCAUCAAGCAAUUGCAUAUCGUCAAAUCAGACGAUGAGCGAACUACUGAAAUGUUGAUGAAGCACUUGAAGCAGAAGGAGGAAAGUGAAGAACGCUACAAGGAGCAAAACUGGGGCUUGGAGGUCACAAACGAGGAGUUACAAACCAGCCUUGCAGAGAGUAACCAGUUUGUCAAUAAGUCAAAAAUUGAAAAUGCUCGAUUGACGAAACAGCUGCGAUUGAUGUCUGAGCAGAAUGACGCGUUAAAAACCCAAGCGGAGAAGUGGGCCGUGGCAUCGGAAAGUACAAAAUUGCGCCAUGAGCAAGAUAUA